AUGAAUCAAAUUAACGAAAUCAGCUUUAACGGGAGUGAAUCAAAUUUGAAACUGGUGAAUGCGCCCGAAAUUCAGGAAGAUAGCAAAAACUUCCAGAGUCAGUUAGACAAAGCGGACGAAUCUAAGGAUUCACGAACCAAUGUUUCGGAUGAAAUUCCAGAAUUCCUUAAACUCUUGAAGGAAUUGAAGAAGAAAGUUAAAGAAAUAAAAGAUGAAAUUAGUGUCACUGCAAGCAAAGCUAAUAAUCACGAGUUAAAAACGAAUCAUGGCAUAUCGUUACUUGACGUCAAAUAUCAUACACUCCUUCAAUACAUAACGAAUUUGACAUUUUUAAUUUACAUGAAACUUCAAGGAAGAUCAAUAGUCGACCAUCCUGCUAUUUUCAAUUUAAUAGAAUUAAGAAUUGUUUUGGAAAAGAUUAAACCCAUCGAACAAAAAUUAAAAUAUCAAAUCGACAAAUUGCUAAGGAGCGCUAUCAUGGAAAAUGAUAAUGAGGUCGAUUUGGCGGGUGGUGGUGGUGAGUCAAAUGUGCACAGUAUAACAGCAGCCGAUCCUCUGUCCUUUAAGCCAAAUCCGCAGAACCUUGUAUCAGAAUCUAAUGAAAAAGGCAAAAAAGGUGAUGACGAAACCGGGAUAUACAAGGCACCUAGGUUUGCGCCUGUGCAUUUCGAUGAUAAUAAAGGGAGUCGUUCCGCGUUGGAAAAGGAACAAUCACGUAUUUUAGCAAGAGCCUCCAAGUCUCGUAUAAUAAAAGAUCUUAUCGUGGAGUACGAUGAUAGGCCGGAAGAAACAGACGCAACUGGUGGUGUACGCGGAGGAAUAAUUGGUGACGAAAGAUUAGAGAAAGAGCUUGCGGAGCGGGACCGUUACGAGGAGGAGAAUUUUGUCAGAUUAUCAAUGUCAAAGAAAGAACUAAAGAAAAUUAAGAGUCGGACAAAGUUCGAAGACGAAUUUGAGAACCUGAACGAUUUUAGCAGUUUGGCAGCCUUACAGAAUGACAUCGAAGCUUCUGAGAAGAAUCGGACCAAUGUUCUCGCAAGAAGGAAUGCCCGAAAAGAAGGUUACCAUCGUCAACGAGGUUCGGAUGACGAGGACGUUGAGGAUUUGCAAAGAUCACGGAAAAAACAUGGGUUAUUUAACGGGGUAAUAGAUGAUUUGUCGCAGGACAAAAAAAGGAAGAAUAGGUUUAAAAUGGCCAAGAGAAAUAUGAAAAGGCAAAAACGAAAAUGA